ACACUCAGGAGAAAUGUGUGUGCGCGCGCGGGCGCGCGUGUUGGUGUGCGCGUGUGCGCGCGUGUGUUCGCGUGAGGGUGCGUGUGUACAAGUAACUGGCUUUCAGGUCUCCUUUCUACGCGUGUUGGAUAGCUUGCUUGUGAUUUUGGCUGGCUGUUUUCUGGAGUAACUAAACUGAAUUUGUGAACAGCGUGAAUUACCAUGACGACAGAGCCAAAUUCCGAGUUAGAAGGCAAGCCGGAGCAGCAGGGGGCAGGUGCGGCUCCGCCCCACACAGCCCCGCCCUUCGACGACCAGCUUCCACCUGCAGCUGCCCAUAGCACGCCGGUUAAAAAAGAGCAGAACGGCGCGAGAGAGGCAGGAGGUGUUGCACAGGGGAAAACCGAUCAGCAGUCGACUGAGGACGAGUCCACCCCCUACAAGUCCACUUCUAGCAAGCUGUCCAGGUCUCCCAUCAAGGUGACCAAGAAGCCCAAAAAUAUGCAGUGCAAAGUCACACUUCUGGAUGGCUCGGACUACACCUGUGUAGUGGAAAAACGAGACAAAGGCCAGGUGCUUUUUGACAAAGUCUGUGAGCAUGUUAACCUUCUGGAGAAGGACUACUUUGGUAUCACAUUCCGUGAUGUAGAAAAUCAAAAGAACUGGUUGGACCCAGCCAAAGACAUGAAGAAGCAAAUCAGGGGAGUUGCCUGGAAUUUUUCCUUCAAUGUGAAGUUUUAUCCUCCAGACCCUGCUCAGCUCUCUGAGGACAUCACAAGGUAUUACCUAUGUCUGCAGUUGAGAGAUGAUGUAGUGUCUGGCCGUCUUCCCUGCUCCUUUGCCACACACACAGUGCUUGGUUCAUAUACAGUCCAGUCAGAACUGGGAGAUUACGAUCCAGAUGAGUACAGCGCAGACUACAUCAGUGAGUUCCGCUUUGCUCCAAACCAAACCAAGGAACUCGAAGAGAAGGUCAUGGAGCUCCACAAAACCUACAAGGGGAUGAUGCCAGCUGAGGCUGAAAUGCACUUCCUAGAGAAUGUCAAAAAGCUGUCUAUGUAUGGAGUGGACCUCCAUCAUGCCAAGUUGGUAGGAAGCUUCUUUGAGUGCUUGUCUCCAGCUAAAGGAGAGGAUUCAGAGGGGGUGGAGAUAAUGCUAGGAGUGUGUUCAUCUGGCCUCCUCAUCUACCGAGACCGGCUGCGUAUCAACAGGUUUGCUUGGCCCAAAGUCCUCAAGAUCUCCUACAAGAGGAAUAACUUCUACAUCAAAAUCCGACCUGGAGAGUUUGAGCAGUUUGAAAGCACGAUCGGCUUUAAACUUCCCAACCAUAGAGCAGCUAAGAGACUCUGGAAGGUUUGCGUGGAGCACCACACCUUUUUCAGGUUGGUAUCUCCUGAAACUCCACCCAAGAAGUUCCUGACUCUUGGUUCCAAGUUCCGCUACAGUGGCCGAACCCAAGUCCAAACAAGACGGGCCAGUUCACAAAUAGUUCGCCCAGCUCCCUACUUUGAGCGCUCCACCAGCAAACGCUACAUCAUGUCCCGCAGUCUAGAUGGAGAGAUGGGCACAGCAUUGUACGGGGCUGCAAAGGGCAUCGCCAUGAGUGACCUCAUCACCACAAUUACACCAGAGAAGAAGGCAGAGGAGAAGAGAUCAGAGGAGGAGGGAGUGGUGCUCGUGGAAAAUGUUGUUGUGGAGGAGGAGGACGAGACGACCAAGGCUACAGAAGUGUCUCAGCCAAGUCCACCAACUCCUGUCCGACAAGACACAAGGACUGAUUUUACAGACACGGCUAUUGAUGGUGAAUUGACAGCUACUGAGUCGGAUCAGGAAGACGAAUCUGAAAUAAGGAACCAGCCCAGUUUUAUAAGGAGAAUUAAAGGAGAAAAUGUGUUUAUCAGACAUAGUAGACUGAUGCUGGAGGAGGUGGAUAAAACCCCCGAAGAGCUGGUCAAACACCAGACCAAUAUUAGUGAGCUGAAGAGGACUUUCCUGGAGGGAGGCACUAAUAAAUCGGGUUUAACAGAGUGGGAGAAGCGUCUCUCCUCAUCCCCACUGCGAUCCUCCCGGCUGGAUGAGGCUCCUAUGAUUGAACCCCUAGUGCCUGAGGAUACCAAAGAGGAUUCCGAAGCAGCGGCUGAGAAGGAGGAGGUUGCUAGAGGUACAGAUGAACAGGACAGCCUGGAGGACAGGAAAGAUGAUGUGGAGUCUGAUGGUUGGGUAAUUAUAAACAAGGUUCCACCUAAGGUACCUGAAAAGAAAAGCAUAGUCAGCUACAAAGUAGUGGGCAUUACUAACACUGUUACUGCUGACGAGGCUUUGGGAGACGUAGCUCUCAAAAAGGCAUCAGCCAUACAGGAGGAAGUGCGUGAUAAGGCAUAUACACUCGGCAAGUCCUAUGACACUACAACAGGGAAGAUCGUGACCACCAAAGAAGAUGAUUUUCCUUCCCCGACUCUCACAGUAGAGAAGAAGAAGCUCUCGGAUCAAACUAGCACCACAGCUGUGAAGAUCAUACCAGUCUCCACUGAGAAGCACGAGCCUGCAAUCCUUACAGGCACAGAAGCCAUCACAACACCGGUGAUCACAGUUAAGGAAGCAAGGACCCCUUCUCCGUCUGAGCCUACAGGCAUUGUGAAAAUGGUGGUGGCUUUGCACUCUAGUGAGGAAAUGGAAGAGGCAAAAAAGGCUGAGCUGAAACUGCUUACAGAUUCCUCAAUGAGGGAGGCAAUCAUCCCUACGCCCAGAUCCCCUCUCAGGUCCCCGCUUAGAUCUCCACUCAAAUCUCCAUCGAAGUCAGUGGAAUUGGGUGUGAGCCCCAGCCCAGGCCCUUAUCUAACCAAAACCUCUCCAACAUCCAGAGUGCCUAAGCCCACAUUCGAUGAGAUGUCACCGGAGCUCACUGCUCUGUUAAAGUCUGCUCAUGAACAGAUCAGCGCUCGCACCUGGUCCUCCUCCUCAACAACUACUCGGGCCAUCCUUAAGACAUCUACCAGUCCUGAGAGGACUCUUCAACAGCCAGAAGAUACACAGAAGCUUCCAGAAAAAGACCAGCCAAGAGAAGAGGAACAGGCAGUUGAUCUACAGCAGUAUACCUUAUCGGAAAAGUCACAGGCUUCGUCACUGCUCCAGACAGAGGUCAUAACCUUUAGCAGUGCAUUGUCAGGUGAGACGGAGAGACUGGUGGCACAGGAAAUGCCAGUGAUCCACACGGAAAUGAAGACUAUAACAUACGAGGCUCUGCAGGGUGAUACGGACGGUGACACAGAGCCGGGGAUUCUGAUGAGUGCACAGACCAUCACCUCAGAAACCACCAGUACAACCACCACCACACAUAUCACUAAGACUGUGAAGGGAGGUGUUUCAGAAACCAGGAUUGAGAAACGUAUUGUCAUCUCAGGGGAUGCAGAUAUUGACCAUGAUGAGGCCCUGGCUCAGGCCAUUAAAGAAGCCAAAGAGCAGCACCCCGACAUGUCAGUGACCAAAGUAGUGGUCCACAAAGAGACUGAAAUCACACCAGAAGAUGGCGAGGAGUGAUGCAGGAUUAGUGUGUCUUCAUAUUUUCUGGAGCAGUCUCACCUACACCAUGUGGAAUAAAGGACAUUUUGGAGAUGCUGCAUAAGGAAACAGCACCACAGAUACAUCAAUGGAUAUAACUUCAUCUGAGCACUGCUGGAGUCACCUUCUAACAAAAACAUGCUCACUCUCCCCUGCAACACAUGCUUACAGAUCUCCUGGCUAGCCAGGUCCAGCACUGGUCAAUGACACUGCAUGACAAGGGAACAACACCUUUUCUGUAAAGAGAACAAAUGCUAUAUACAAUGUAGGAAAUGCUCAAUGACCACAGUGUAAAUUUCAGUCUCCCUUGCUCAAUCCCUCUGAAGGGGAAAAGUAAGUAUGUGACAAGAAUUUUGAAAAUAGUACUGAUAUUAUGACCUACAUUUUAUUUAUUAGAAUACUUCUCAAUACAAGAAAAUAAGAAUAAUAAUAGACUGCAUCUGUAUGAGCACCCAAUAUUUAACCAUGCAGUAGGUGUUUCAUUGAGUCCAGUCACCAUGUCCUGUUCUAGCCAUCCCUACCCUGCCUCUGACAUGUUCCUGCUGAAUGUUUGUGUGGCUGAGAAUAUGAAUGACAUACAUUUGCUUUGUAGGCCAUAUUAGUAAAAAAAAAAUGUUUUUACAAUAUAUGUAAAAUUUUAUGUUUUUCCUUAAUUUUUCUCACUGAAAUUUUCAGAGAAUGAAUGCACUGUGACCAUAUUUGUCACUGACUCUGGGUCCUUGCUAAAAGUGAUGUCUUUGCAAGGCAACUUCUGCCCCAAUCUCGCAUUUUUUAAGUCAUUUCCCCCCCAAAAAAAUCACUAUGCCCUGGGUAGCAUAACUGAGCCUUAAAGUGUACAAACUGGACAGAGAAUCAGAAACAUCACAAAUUAUGUGUUUUUCCUCCUUCUUUUUCUGGUCCCUCUUUUUCUUUUUUCUCAUUAUUACUAUUAUUAGUAUUGUUGUUGUUGUUGUUAGCCUGUGUGUUUUUAAACCUUCAUGCUGCCAUAUGCUGCACUCCAUGUUGAAUGUGUUUACCACAUAAGCUCAAUAAAAAAAAUAUUUAAAAAUGUA